AUGGGAGUAACGGUAAUUGGUUGUCCUACAUCAACAUCAUCAUGGAACCGGAACAACACCUCAACAUCUUGUAAGAUGAAUGGAAAUGGUGCCUCCACAUCAGCGGCCUCUACCCCGUUGUUCUUUGACUGCAAAUUGAACCAGGAGCUACGAAAGUAUGGAGAACAGCCCUUUUCCGGUGACGACAUUGAAGAAAAACUGCUCAAGUUGGUAGACAUCUUGUUUUUCCAUCGUUUGCACAGAAAAUGGUUCCAUCAAAACCAAAACCAAAUGUUAACGACUAAUAGUUCAAGUUCUUGCACAGCGUCAGCUGAGCUCCCAUUGGAACGAACAGCAUCAUCGCCACAGCACCACCCACCAAUGCAACUUCCACGUACGUCGACAACUACACCCUGCGCCAUCUCGUCUAGUGGUUGUUUGGCGACCUUGUCUUCUUGCGGCAAUCCUCGUGUAGGCAUCUCUAGUGGCUGCGCGACAACGACCUCCACUUCUCAGUCUCCUUCCCGCAAUCCUUGUCAUUCGUCCCCUUCCGCAUCAUCUUCACGACAAGUACUAUCAAUCAUAGAAGCGGUUUCCACGAAUAUUCUUUUCACGGCGCCACAUUGCAUACCCCUGGCACGCGACGGCGAAGGGGUGCAUAAAAGCGAAGACUACACAGCCGGAUUAGCAGCAGCCUUAGCUUCGCAAAACGAUGCUGGGUAUCUUAUGUCAUAUCCACUUCUCUGAAUAUGAAAGAAAAUCGAUCCACUUCUCUGAAGACACUCAUGCAGAUUCGACAAGGAUCAAGUCAGCUGGCUUUAAGUAUGUUCUUGUAAAGAAUUCGUAGCUCGUUUCCCAAGUAGGAUUUUUUAUGUUCUGUAGCUAAAAGUUAUUGUUCAUUUGAGUUCUUAUACAACAAGACAGAACUACAUUUGGUAUCUGCGCUCCGUCUCGUCCCUCUCCCUCGUCUCAAGGGACAUUUCUAACUCCCUCAGCUGGAGUCCUCACGAAGUUCGCCGCAUCAAACCGCUUCAGCGUCCAGAUCCAGCAUUGAGGGAUCCGAAUUAUUUGAGAGUCGACGAAUUGCCCUGUAACUCCUGGUUCCGCGCAAUGGGUGGCUUCUUGCAGGAUAUGCGAAAACGAGAAGCGAUGUUCGAAGAAAAGCGCCUGUAUCCAAGAAACUGGUUUAGCUUGCAUGUGGAUGUGCAUGGGUUAUGA